AAUUAUUUGUCUGUAAUAUGAAAAGUUAGAGCUUAAUCAAAGGGACUGUUUUGAGAAUUAAAAUUAGCCGAUUACAUUUUUACAGUAAACUUUACCAAUGAGCAUCCUUAAGGGUGCAUUGGAAAGGCUGUUAGCCGAGGCUCAAUCAUCAAAGCAAAAAGAGCUCGAACAAGUUUGUUCUACAGCUUUGGAACAAUUACUACAAAAUAUAGAUAUAAUCACAAAAGAAAAUGCUUCAAACAAAAAUAAACAAAACGGAAUUACGAAUGAAAUUAGUGAAAAAGUUUCCGGUGAAACUAAUGAGAAGGAGGGAAAAACAAAAAGUAGUUCUUCGCCGGGCAAAUCAAUCGAAAAUGCAUCUCCUAGUUUAUUAUCUGGCGGAAACGGACGAAUAUCCAUUUCUAGUAGUUUAUUUGCGCGUGCUGGAGAAGAUUUACCAAAAAUCAUGGCCGAUAAUUAUUGGCAACCAUUUAGGCUUGCUUGUGGUAACUCAAUGCCAAAUAAUAUAAGGAUCUUAGCACUAGAUUGUUUACAAAAAGUAAUUGCUCACGGGCUUUUUAAAGGGUUAAAUCCAAUUGCACCUCCAAAAGAUACACAAACAAAGAAGAAAGAUUCAAAAGUAAAAAAAAAUAAUAAUAAUGGUGGGUUUAGUGAGACAAAUAAUAUAUCACAUAUCGAUGUAUCAACGCCCUUCGAUGAUAAUAAUGAAAUUGAGGAAAGUAGCUAUUCCAAUUUUCCUAAUCCUGCCCGAUUAAUUGAUGAUGUUGUCCAUACAGUUUGUAUUGGUUUUGUUGGUCCUCAAACUGAUAAUACUGUUCAGCUUCAAAUAUUGAAAGUUUUACUUACACUUGUUACUACAGAACAAUGUCCUGUUCACGGAAUUAGUUUACUAAAAAUUAUUCAAACGUGUUGUAACAUUUAUUGUUUCUCAAAAAGUCAAGUAAAUCAAGCAACCGCAAAAGCUGAACUAACUCAAAUUUCAAAUGCAAUUGUUGCGAGAUGGAAGGAGUUUUCUAUUGAGUUAUCAAAACAGGAAGCUGCGAAAAGCGCAGAAACAAUUUCAGAAAUUAAAUUAACCAAAGAAAAAAACGAUAAUCAUGAGUUAGAUAAUGAAAGUAAUGUGGAAAAAAAUGGUGUUGAAAAUAAGAACAAUAGUAUUGAAACUUUUGAAUCGGAAUCAACUAUUGGUUCAAAGUCAGUAAAUGGUAUAGGGGAAAUUUCCGAAUCGUCGUCAGAAAUUAUCGAAAGUACUUUAAUAGAAAAUGAAGUUAUUAAUGACGAAAAUUCUAACUCACAGGAUAUAAUUGAAAAAAUGCGAGAUGAGAAAGGAAAUAACAAAAAAGAUGAUAAUUCUUUUGAAUUGGAACAUAAAAAUCUAGAACAAAAUUCAUUAAACAAGAAAUUGGAAAAUGGGGUUAAAAGUAAAAAUGAAAUUUCUGAUGCCGUGCCCGUUGUUACAACAAUUAAAGGAAAGGAUACAUCAUCUGAGAUACUAAACGAGGAUAAAGCGCCUUUAAAAAGAAGGAGAUCAUCUUUAGCAUCCAAAAAAGAUCUUAAGAUCACGAUACCUCCUCUCAACACUGGAAAGAAAUCUAAAACAAUACCUAAUCGACAAGACGCGUCUCAUGAAACCUUGGUUAUUUUACGUAAAGAUCUUUAUUUAACCUUUAAAUUAUUUUGUAAACUAUCUAUGCGGUCUGAUUCAACCGAAAAUUUGCAAAAUGAAGAAAUAAAUCUUCGCGGUCGCUCUUUAGUAUUAGAAUUAAUUUUAUCAAUGUUGGAUAAUUCCGGUCCAAUCUUUCAGUCUGAUGAACUAUUUAUUAAUUUAAUUCGUCAAUCUCUUUGUGUUUCAUUAUCACAGAAUGGGGUUUCAUCUAAUGAACAACUUUUUGAACUUUCACUUUCUAAUUUUUUAAUGUUAUUACGAUACUAUCGUGCACCUUUGAAAACAGAACUGGAAGUACUAUUUAGCGAAAUUUAUCUAAGAUUCUUAGAUAUGUCAAAUGCGACUUAUCAGCAAAAACAUUUAGUAUUACAAGGUCUAAUUAAGAUAUGUCAAAAGCCGCAGAUUUUGCUGGAUAUUUAUUUGAAUUACGAUUGUGAUUUUUCAAUGGCUAGCGUAUUCGAACAUAUAGUAACUUCAUUGUCUAAAAUCUCGCAAAUCCGCACAAAAAGUCAAAGCGGGUCGACAAUGGGUAAUUUAAUGGGUACAAAUUCGUCAAAUCUAGAAUUGGUGGCAUUACAGGAUAAGAUACUGAAGGUGAAAGGAUUAAGGUGUUUAAUAGCUAUUGUCAAAUCUUUGAUUGAAUGGUGUAAGGAUUUGGAAAGAAAAAAUGGCAUAAAGACUCCACAAUCUUCACCUCGUAAUCCUUCGCCUGAUAUUUCAGAAGACAAAACUCCAGUAAUUUUUUCGAAGAAUCCUUUGCUUAAUGUAAAUUUUUCUACAUUACAUGCAAAUUCUAGUGGAAGUAGCGUUGGUAUAGAAGAUUAUGAAGAUAAUCCAGCACAAUACCAAGAAAUCAUGUCACGUAAACAAACUUUACGUGAAGGUAUUAAGCUAUUCAACGCAAAACCAACUAAGGGGCUUAAUUUUUUAAUAGGGAAUGGUUUCUUAAAAAAUGAUAGUGUUAGCAUAAUAUCUUUCCUAUCUUCAACUCCAGGUUUAAGUAAAGCUGCUAUAGGUGAAUAUUUAGGCGAAGGUGAUCCAGAAGCUAUCAAAAUCAUGCAUGCCUUUGUGGAUCGUAUGGAUUUCAUGGGAUUGGGGUUUGUUGAUGCCUUGAGAGUAUUUUUACAGACAUUUCGAUUACCCGGUGAAUCACAAAAAAUUGAUCGGAUUAUGGAAAAGUUUGCUGAUCGUUAUUGUGAAAAUAAUCCAGAUAUAUUCGCAAAUGCAGAUACUGCAUAUAUUCUUGCCUAUUCCGUUAUUAUGCUAAAUACUGAUCAGCAUUCAGCACAAGUUAAGAGACGCAUGGAUAAAUCCGAAUUCACUAAGAAUAAUCGAGGUAUUAAUAAUAAUAAUGAUUUACCUGAUGAAUUUUUGGGGGAAAUAUUUGACGAGAUUGCAAAUAACGAAAUUGUUAUGGAGGAAGAACAAAUAUCAGAAGUGGCAAAAACUGCAAUUAGCCAUGCAAAUGAUCGGGAACGUCAAGAACUAUACGAGAGAGAAAUUUCACAGAUGCAAAAGAAAAGUCAGGCAUUGUUGAAGAGUAACAGGGAAGGUCAUACGCCAGCUGUUUGGCGAAGUGCUUCGCACGCAGAUCAUGUUAAGCCAAUGUUUGCAAUUGUAUGUUGGCCUUUAAUGGCUACUCUUAGCCUUGUUUUUGAAGAAGCUGACGCAAAUGGGUAUUUUAAAGCAGCUGAAUUUAUACAAGCAAAUCAAGAAUCAGUCGAACUUUGUCUUGAAGGAUUUCUUGGUGCUAUAAGAAUUAGUAGUAUCUUUAGAAUGGAUGUUGAAAGAGAUGCUUUUGUGUCUUCAUUAGCUAAGUUGACGGGUUUAAAUCAUGUUGAUGAAAUGAGGUCCAAAAAUGUAACAGCGAUAAAAACGUUACUUUCCGCUGCUAAUUCCUACGGUGAAGGUCUACAAUCUUCAUGGCUCAUUGUUUUAAAGACAAUAUCUACGAUGGAGCGAUAUCAACUUAUUGAUAGUUCAACAGGAUCGGUCGUUUAUACUACAGAAGGGCUAAGUGGUUUGGAUUAUUCUCCACAAAAUAAUAAAAAUGUCGUACAAUCUACUACAAAUUCUUCAAGUAAUCCGUCAUCCAUAACUUCUGCCUCACGACAGAGUAUUAGCAAAACACGUCGUGGUUCACUUGGGGGUGUUAUGAAGGAGUUUCAAUCACAAAGUACAAUAAUAGCUAUCGACCGAAUUUUUACAAACAGUGUGAAAUUGAGUGGCGAUGCGAUUGUUCAUUUUUUCGGUGCAUUGUGCUCAGUUUCUCUUGAGGAAGUAAAUUUUUCAAGAACGUCACCAAGAAUGUACAGCUUGCAGCGUAUUGUUGAAAUUGCAUAUUAUAAUAUGUCAAGAAUUCGGUUUGAAUGGACACAAAUUUGGAAAAUUCUCCAACCUCAUUUCAAUACUGUUGGAUGUCACCCUAAUGAUAUUGUUGCUAUUUUUGCUAUUGAUUCUCUCAGACAAUUGAGCAUGAAAUUUUUGGAAAGAGAUGAGUUAUCACAUUAUAAUACCCAGAGUGAAUUUAUGAAACCUUUUGAACACAUAAUUAAAAAUAAUCCAUCACCAAAUAUACAUGACCUUAUUAUUCAAUCAUUUACUCAAAUGAUUUCUGCUCGUGCAAAAAACAUUAAAUCUGGUUGGAAGAGCAUCUUUGUAGUUUUUGGUCGUGCUGCAUCUGAUGAAAAUCCUCAAUUAGUAGAGAAUACUUUUGCCGUUGCUAGAUUAGUCUACCAAAAACAUCUGGAUCUUAUUGGACCAGCCUUUGUUGAUUUUGUAAACUGCAUCGUGGAAUUUGCUUUUAAUGCAAAGGAAGAGGAACUUGUUAAUGAAGCAAUAAGAAUGCUACAAGGGUGUGUUAAAGUUUUAGUAAAGGAUGUGGAUAGUACAUCUGGGAAAACUGAAAACAAGAGAGAUAUGAUAGUAAUACCACAAACCACUGAACAAUCUACGCUGACAAAAAAGAAAUUACAACAUAUUGAAGAAGAACAAUUCUUUUUGAAAUGGUUCCCCGUUGUUUCAGGGCUCUCUCGGUUAGUUAUAGAUUCAGAAUCUCAAACUGUCCGAAAUAAAGCGUUAGAAGCUCUUUUCGACAUAUUAAAAUCUACUGGUCAUCUUUUUGAGAUAACAUAUUGGAUAAAGAUUUUUAGAAAUGUUAUUAUGCCUAUAUUUGAAGAUCUUAAGGAGCCAACUCCGUCACAACAAACUUCAACGGUUGAUUUUAGGAGACGCGAAUCUACAGCAGAAGUUUGGAUUCAAACAAUACGCCUGAUGGUAGAUCUUUAUGCUCGAUUUCAUGAAAUAUUCGUUACACAGCCUGAAUUUCUAGUAGAACUAUUAGAUUUACUUGUGGCACUUCUUAAACGUAGAAAUGAAAAAUUGGGUCAAACAGGUAUUCGAUGUUUCCAUAAUUUAAUAGCCAGAAAUGGAAUUCGCUUCGAUAACGUAACAUGGAAAAUAGUGACUAAUACACUUGAGGAAAUUUUCAAAUGGACUACACCAAAAGAGCUUUUGGAAGUGGAUACAGUUGCGUCUGAUAACCACAGGGAUGAAACAAUUAACGUUAGACUGAAUCAUGUAGGCGGUAACAACCAAGUUAACCAAGUUCCAAAUGGAUCUGAAGAAGAUUCUAUAGAUUCUCUAGUAAAUGAGAAUCCAUAUCCACCUGCUCAGACAGCAGCUAUAACUACAAAAGUUGAUAUCGAUUUCGCUCAUGCAGUUAUCAAAUGUGCGGCACAACUUACUGCCAUUCAGUCAGUACGAGAUCUUGCUCUUAAUGACGCAGCGUCAAGAGAACAAGGAGAACAAGUUCAUUAUCUUGCGCGAAUGCCAGCCGAAUAUCGAAAUCGAUGGUUGAGAUGUCUUUAUAAUUCAUAUAAAUUUGCAUAUGAUUUUAAUGCAAACCAUGACCUUCGACGUGCAUUAUUAAAAGAAGGAUAUGUUCAGCAAAUGCCAAACCUUACGAAACAAGAAACAUCUGCAUUAUCUGUAUUUCUUUCGAUCCUUUAUGAUCUAUACCGAACAUUUGGUGAUGCAGACCGGGAUUUAUUACCACCACUUGUAGAAGAAUCAACAAAAGUGCUUGAGCAAUUUAUACGAUUAAUUAAUGAACCAGUAUCUAGUCAGCAACAACGAGAAAUGACAAAUUGGUCACCAUUAGUAAUAAUCGUACUAAGAGAAUUAUGUAAAACGAAAUGGGAUUCUGGAAAGCGAGCAGAUAGUGAUGCUGAUUUGUUUGAUGAUGAUGCCGGAGAAAUUCAUGAUACAAGAACUACAAGAUUAGUCGGAUUAAGGAAACAAAUACCAGAUUUUUAUCAAUUAGCAAUUAAGAUAAUUGGUGUGGAUGGAUCAGAUGUUAGGGUUGCACUUCAAGAAUUUUUAGAAAAAGUUGGAAAUGAAUUUUUGAAUGUUGAUCGAUGGGAUAAUUAACAGUAAAGACUAUUGGAUAAAUGUAAUAUUUAUUGAAAGCAUGUAAUACUAAUGUUUUAAUUAUACCAUUAACUGUUAGUUUGAUUGCAUAAUAGAUAAUCAUUUACUUAUUUUAUUAUAUUAAUAAUAUUUUUUUUCUAUUAUACUGAAAAUGUAUUAUAGUUUUAUCAAAAAUUAUUUUUUAUUUCUAAAAUUUUAAUUAGUAAAAAACAU